CGCAGCGAGGAAAACGCUCCGAACAUGCACGCUGAUAUUCAUCAAAUGACACCAAACACGUGCUGUCAUAUUUAGCUGGUCUGGAUCACAAAUUAAUUCCGAGCGUAAGCUUCGUGGCGCACCGGAGAGACGAACACGCGCGGCUCACAACCUGUUUCUGUUUGCACCCUGCAGUCAGCUGCUGGGCACCCAUGUUGUAAAAUGAGGUUCGGAAGCAUCAUUGUCAUCGUCGCUCUCUGCUCUUUUACCGCGUAUUAUAUUUAUGAGCCCAUUCCUGAGGAAAUAGAGGAGAGAUGGAAACUCAUGCUGACCAACUCUUUCUUCAGAAGUCUCAGCCACCUGGCGGACCUCAGUGAAUUACUGGGGCUGAAGGACUACAUGGGGGUGAUGUACUUCAUCACUCUGGCUGAGAAGGUAGUGCCGGAGUCUGACGAGCAUAUCGAGGUGACGGAGGAGACCUUUGAUGGAGUGGAGGUGGUGCUGUACCAGCCGAAGCAGACAGGCGGUGACACUGAGCUCAGUCGAGCUGUCAUUUACCUGCACGGUGGAGGGUGGUGCCUGGGUAGUUCCCGGAUGAGUCCAUAUGAUCUGCUGGCCAGAACACUUGUUGCCGAGCUCGACGCAGUGGUUCUGUCUGUAGAGUACAGACUUGCCCCUGCUCACCACUUCCCAGUCCCAUAUGAGGACGUAUACCGUGUGGUCAAACACUUCCUCCAGAAGGGGGUGCUGGCCAAGUACUCUGUGGACCCGGGACGCAUCGCUGUGUCUGGGGACAGUGCUGGAGGGAACCUGGCAGCUGCCGUCUCGCAGCAGUUACAAAAAGAUCCUGGACAGCAGGUCCAUUUGAAGGCCCAAGCACUCAUCUACCCUGUUCUGCAGGCUCUGGACCUCAACACACCUUCAUAUCAGCAAAAUCAGGACAUGCCCAUUCUGCCCCGCACCCUCAUGGUCCGUUUCUGGAGCGAGUACUUCACCAGCGACAAGGCCCUUUUCAGAGCCAUGAUGGCCAACACUCACAACAACCCUGAGUCUUCUAGCCUGCUCAAGUUUGUCAACUGGAGCGCCUUUCUGCCAGAAACAUAUCAUAGAAAAUACAACUAUAGUGCUCCUGCUGUGGUGCAGGGAGUCGGAGGAGAGGGCGUCGGCAUGGAGGGACUCGCUCAAUCUCUUGCCGACCCCAGGGCUUCCCCCCUGCUGGUUCCAGACUCUGCCUUGCGCUCUCUGCCCAAGGCCUACAUCCUCACAUGUGAGUAUGAUGUUCUCCGAGAUGAUGGGAUCAUGUAUGUCACGCGGCUCCGUUCUGCUGGUGUCGAGGUGACGCACGAACACUACGACACAGGAUUUCACGGAGGGUUGAUGUUCACCGUGUGGCCGACCGACUUCCUGAUCGCACGUCGCAUGACCAACAACUAUAUCAAAUGGCUAGAGGAAAACUUGUAAAGAAAAAAACUUUUGACUAUCAAUAUUCAUUCCAACUUUUCCAUACGGUGCACUCGUGUUUGGUUCAGUGCAUUUUUUCAGAUCGGGUGCUCAAGAUGCUUGUCACGCUACUUUUCGGUGAAUAUAUUGAGAAAUAAUCAACACUCAUGGACCACAUUAGAUACCAGAAGGAAACAGGUAUUUGAAAAGAAUAGUAUUUAUUUGUUCACAUAAGUUGGUGUGAGUAGAAUCCAACACAUAUGACAUCAUAAAUCAAGUUUUACUGCAGUACAGUAUUGUGUUAAUUUCCCACCAAACACAGUCUACCCAGAGAGAUCUGAGGGAGAAAGUCAAACUGUGGAGUAUCACAGUUGUCAAUGUUAUGACGGUUAUACAUCUUUUUAGCUGGCAAACUGGCCUUUUAUGGCACCGCUCUUUCUUGUUUCCCAUCACAAGACCUUCUACCUGAUCUUAUAUAAAUAUUGUGUCAAUAUCAAUCUUGUGAAUUAGCAGAGCAUGCCACAAAAGAAAUUGGAUCUAUCGUAUUUGGGGUUUAAAUAAUUCAGUCUUGGCAAAGGAGGAACGGAUUUUCACAAAAGUAAAACGUGAUGAAGCCAAAGUUAACAUUGAGUGUAGCUGAUACUGAAAACUAAGAUUGUUUAGCUGUGUUUGCAAAAGUAUAAAUCCUGUGUAAUGGUUCCUGGCCAGUUAUGUGUUUAAUUAGUCACACUGUGCUCCACAAGGAAUGAACCCGUAGUUGUGUAAUUCAUACAAAUAUGUGGUACACAGGGAGGUGCUUGCUGGUAGCACAUUUAAUACAUUUUAAUAAAUGAAUAUCAAGACAUGUAACAAUAAUGAAUUAUUAAAUAAUGAUAUAUAUCCCCAUAAAUUAGUAAAUAAGAAUGUUGGUACCCUUAGUUUUGCGAAUUUUCAAUUUUGGAUUACACACAUUCUUGGAAAAAUUGGUCAUGUUAUAUUAAUCAAUUCAAUCUUAAUCUCAGGGUUGAGUUCUUCUCAAAGUAUACAGGGACCUAUUAUAUUAUAUACACACAAAUCAAAUGAUCAAGUUCUUUAUAAAUGAAAUAUUUAUUGGACGACAUACUAAACUACUAAACAUUAAAAGUAAUGAAUAAAUGACAAAAUAUACAAAUUGAAGGGGAUUAAUAAAGAAUAUGAUGAACAGUACAAUGAAUAAGGAUGAACCAGAACUAAAUGAAAAGGAAUAUAGUGACCAGGUAGAAUCAGUAACUCAUAUCAUUAAUUGAUGAAUAUUAAUUAAAUCUGUCGUCUUAGCUUAAACAGUUAUGCGCUGUUCAGCAGUCGAGAGUUUAUGAAGCACCAAGGAAGAUUGAAAAAACCAUAAUAUGUUUAACUUUAAAUUUGAUUUAGAUCUUUACGUCUAACAUAUUUCUCUCUGAGAUUUUUUUAUUCCGUGACUUAAAUGUAUUUUGCCUCGGAACAUUCAACUAAUUUACACCUGUAAAUGUUAUUGUUUCACCUGACGGCUCUGAUGGGCAGAUGGGAGGCUACGGUGCAUGCCAUGGCGGCUCUCCUUUGGACAUCUAGAUCUUGUUGGAUGAUGUUUUGUUGAAUCACACUUUUCCACCUCUCGCUGGAUUCGUCUCUUUCGGAACCUGGUCGUCUUCUUUGUUGAGGUUGGGCUUGAACCGUUCUUCCUUGUCUUCAUCUCUAACAGCAGGAUGCUGAAUCAUCUUCUCUCCCCUCCUUCUUUGCAGCAGUGGUCAUUGCCACUUUAAAAAGUCUGUCGACUCAGUCGUUUCUUUAUGUCUCUUGCUCACAAUAGUUGCUGUAAUAGAUCUCCAGCACAUCGGUGCAUCGAAGGUCGGAGCUGCACGACACAUUAGACUGCACGGGAUUGCCAAUGUCGACAA